AAUGGAAAUUUCACUGCUGGGUUCUAUGGCGUCGGUGAGAAUGCCUAUGCCUUCGCUAUCUGGUUCACUGAAGAACCAGCUCGUCGCCAAAAUCUGACUGUCAUUUGGAUGGCGAAUCGUGACGUGUUGAUGAACGGAAAAGGCUCAAUACUUACCCUGCGUAGCAGUGGAAAUCUAGUGCUGAAUGAUGCACUUACCCUGCGUAGCAGUGGAAAUCUAGUGCUGAAUGAUGCAGAUCAUGUCGAUGUUUGGGCCACGAACACGACGUCGUCGAGGUCUCCACAGUUGAUUCUUAAAGAUAAUGGCAAUCUUGUUCUUCUUGAACACCCUAAUCAUGUUCUGUGGCAAAGUUUUGAUUUUCCGACGGACACGCUCGUUCCCGAGCAGAGGCUUACCAGACGCUCUAGCCUUGCCUCCUCCAAAAGUCAGACUAACUCCUCUUCUGGUUUCUAUAACUUACAUUUUGACGAUUAUAAUAUUCUUCGUCUUGUCUACGAUGGUCCCAAUCUAUCGACUAUUUAUUGGCCAUCUCCUUGGAAAAACCCAUGGCAAGCUGGUGGAUCUCCUUACAACGAAAGUCGCAUUGCGUUUCUCGAUACGCAUGGUGCUUUCAUUUCAACUGAUAACUUUACUUGCAGGACAUCAGACUAUGGUCCUGUACUUCAGAGACGAUUAACCAUUGAUAGUGAUGGUAAUAUCAGGAUCUACAGUCGAAGAAACUGGACAGAGCAAUGGUAUGUUUCAUGGCAAGCUUUUUCUGCAGGUUGCAAGGUUCAUGGCAUUUGUGGAGAAAAUAGUGUCUGCAACUAUGAACCAUAUUUUGGUCGAACAUGCUUAUGUCUUCCUGGUUACAAGUUCAAGAAUGAAAGCGACGAGUCACUUGGGUGCGAACCAGAGUUCAAUUUGUCUUGCAACCCAGAAGAUCCUCGCUUUGUGUAUAUGCCUAAUGGCGAUUUCUAUGGGCACGACCAAGGGGAUUACCGUAACAUCACGUUUAAGGAAUGUAAGAAUCAAUGUUUGAAGUCUUGUGGCUGCAAAGGUUUCCAAUAUACACAUGAUCGUGAUUGUUACCCAAAGUUCCUUUUGGUCAAUGGCAAUCUUUCCCCUGCUUUCAAGGGAGGAAAGCACAUACUGUUGUUGGUGUAUGAGUACAUGGAAAAUGGUUCUUUAGCGGAAAACCUCAAAUCCAACAAGUUACUUGAUUGGAGAAAGAGGUAUGAAAUCGCUCUCGGAACAGCAAGAGGACUGGCAUAUCUUCAUGAAGAGUGCUCGGAGUGGGUUCUGCAUUGCGAUAUAAAACCUCAAAACAUACUUCUCGAUUCAGAUUAUAGGCCCAAGGUUGCAGAUCUUGGACUUUCAAAGCUUCAAAACAGAAAUGACAUCAACAAUCUAAGCUUCUCAAGGAUCAGAGGAAAAAGAGAAUAUAUGGCACCAGAGUGGGUUUUCAACUUGCCAAUAACUUCCAAGGUUGAUGUUUAUAGCUAUGGAAUCGUGUUGUUGGAGAUGAUAACAGGAAAAAGCUUGAUGGUUGAUGGACCGGAUCACUCACUUGAUGGGAGGCUAGUGACAUGGGUGAGAGAGAAGAAGAAGAACGAAAGACAAGAAAACAAGACAUCAUCAUCAUCAUGGGUGGAACAAAUCAUUGAUCCGACAGUUGAAGGAAGUUAUGAGAUGAAGUCAAUGGAGAUUCUAGUGACAAUGGCAUUAGAUUGUGUUGUGGAAGACGCAGAUGCAAGACCUACAAUGAGCCAUGUUGUGAAGAUGAUUCAAGGCGUAUCAGUUUGA